AUGGCUCUCGCGCUCUCUAUAUAGGGCCACGGUGUCCGAAGUUUGAACAAAGGAGCGAAUCUGAAAGGAAGACUUGGCUUUUAGUGCUGCAGCCUCCAAUUCGAUGGCCGCCUCACGAAGUUCGAGAAAGAGCAGCGAAAGUACGAGUGGCUUUUCGAUUCAGCGAAAGUGAAGUUCUUCAAUCGCUUCGGAUUUCUCCCUGUCUGAGGUUCAAAUUUUAAUGGAGGAUAGUGAUAGCAGUGGUUUGAGGACGGGGAAGGUCGGAGAGUUAGGGUUUUAGAUUUGGAAUUUAGAAUGGGGGAAACGAGUCCGCGCGGCGGCGAUGCGUCGACUGCUGUUGGUAUUCCGUCCGGGUUGAAUCGGAUCAAGACUCGUCAGCCGAGUCGCAAACCUGAUGAUGGCGAUAAGUUGAAGGAAUCCAGGACUUGCGGAGCUCCGAAACCUCGGACGAAGCAGAGACAGAGUAAGCUGGGUAGCGAAGGGCAUGGAAAAAACGAUGAUUCUAGAGAAGGACUCCGCAAAGGAAAGAAUAUAGCUCGGUGGCUCACGUCACACCUAUACAAGGAUUCCACUCAAUCUUCUAGUAGUAUUCUUGGCAUUGAGGACAAUAACUCAGAAUUUAAGGCAGUUAACCGGCAGUAUUCUACAGGGGAAAAUUUUCAUGAGGCGAAAGAUUCAUCUGGAAAACAGAUUUCACCAGAGAACGUGUGCUCCAGUAAAAUAUCAAAAGGAUUAAAAAGCUUUUCACAUGAGCUGGGACCAAAAGGUGGCAUCUCACCUGCCCAUCCUCGGGCCCACAGCUAUAAUGAUUUAAAGGAGCUCUUGGGAUCAUUUUGUUGGAGAUUUGAGGCAGCUAAAGAACUAGUCAAUGCAGAGUUGUCUAGUUUUGCUGGGGACAUUCGAGAUAUUCUCCAGAAGAAUGACGCCUUAUGCCCUGGGCAGGCAAUGGUGGGGGAUCUUCUAGUUCUUGCUCAGCAAUGUAUUGAAAUGACCUCUGCCGAGUUCCGUGCUCAGUGUGAACUAAUUGUCCAAGAUUUGACUGAGAAAAGACAGCAGUGUCAAACAGGAUUGUUGAAGUGGUUGUUCACACGCAUGCUUUUCAUAUUAACACGAUGCACUAGACUCUUGCAAUUUCAGAAACACAGUGAGCGGAUUGAUGAGAAAUCUCUUAAUAUAUUCAAGAAAUGUUUAGAAAGUGUUCCUGCUGUUGAAAUGAACUGGAUGCCUGAACCAGGGAUUGUUAAUUCUGGUUCAAAUUGUGCUCUGAAUCAGAAGGGUGAUACCGAACCGAGAUUGCAGGGACAAACUAGUGUGCCUGCUCUCCCUUUAGUAAGUUGGUGCAAGGCUGAAGAACCAACUGAUGAGAGUGGCAAAACUUCCAAAAAGAACUCUUCUGUUUUUGAAAAAGAGCCUGUUCCUCAAUAUUUCCAAACUAACUCUUCUUCACCUGUGCUACAAUGUCAUCAUAUUGAAGGCAGUUUUCCUGGAAAAUCAGUUAUAAACGAUACCAUUCUUGGUUUGCAUCAUGAGCCAGAGCGAAGUUUAGAUGGAUUUGAUUCAGUGAUUUGCAGGAUAUGUGAGGAACCUGUUCCCACUAUUCAUUUGGAAAGUCAUUCUUAUAUAUGUGCCUAUGCAGAUAAGUGUGAUGUAAAUUGUCUGGAUGUGGAUGAACGUCUUUUCAAACUGGCAGAAAUAUUGGACCAAAUUAUAGAAUCAUGCAGUCUGAGCUGUCAUGCAUCAUUUGGCAGUCCUGAAAGUUCCAGAAUGCAAACAAGUAGUUCCACAAUUGUAUCAGAAGGCUAUUCUCCGAAGAUAAAUGAAUGGCGAAGCAAAGGUGUGGAAGGAAUGUUUGAGGAUCUUCAUGAGAUGGACACUGCCUGUAUAGAUGAUUUUAGCCUUGCAAAUGCCAUUAACUUGAAGGGGCACUUGGGUAUAAAGCUCAACUACUAUGGUGCAGCCUCCUCAACUGGGAGCAUGUCGUCGGUAUCCUCUACUAAUACUCCUAAAGCAAGUCAUUUUGACUUCUUUUGGUUAGAGCACAACAAUCCUUCUGAGCUGGAGGAUGCACAACAGAUGGCGGACCUUGCUGACAUUGCCCGCUGUGUGGCAGGCACAGAUGUUUCAAAGGAAGGGUCACUUGAAUUUCUGCUUGCAUGCAUGCAAGACUUGCAGGAUAUAUUACAGAAUAGCAAGCUUAAAGCUCUUGUGAUAGACACUUUUGGUGGCCGAAUAGAGAACCUUCUAAGGGAAAAAUAUAUUUUUUCUUGUGAACUAACGGAUACAAAAAGUCCAAAGAAUGAUAGCAAACAUAAAGAAAGCACGAGGCAUUUGUUUGACAGUUCAUCUCAGAGUAGUACAAUUUCAACACCCUUGCAUCCCAUGCAUAAAGAGCGAACUAGCAUUGAUGACUUUGAGAUUAUUAAACCAAUUAACAGAGGCGCAUUCGGUAAAGUAUUCCUUGCACGAAAGAGGACAACUGGAGAUUUAUUUGCAAUAAAGGUGCUCAAGAAGUUGGAUAUGAUACGAAAAAAUGACAUUGAGCGUAUAUUAGCAGAGCGAAACAUCCUAAUAACAGUUCGAAACCCCUUUGUGGUUCGAUUUUUUUAUUCAUUCACCUGUAGGGAUAACCUUUAUUUGGUUAUGGAAUAUCUCAAUGGUGGUGAUCUGUUCUCUUUGCUCAGAAAAGUUGGUUGUCUUGAGGAAGAUGUAGCUCGUAUAUAUAUUGCAGAACUGGUUCUUGCAUUAGAAUACCUUCAUUCUCUUGGAAUCGUGCAUCGUGAUUUGAAACCAGACAACGUACUGAUUGCACAUGACGGGCACAUCAAGCUUACAGACUUUGGAUUAUCAAAAAUUGGCCUUAUAAACAGCACUGUUGAUUUGUCUGGGCCUGAAAUAAAUGGAUCUACACUUUUUGGUGCCCAUAGUCCACAUACUAAUCGCAUGGAGGAUGAAACCAAGCAGUCAGCUGUUGGAACCCCAGAUUACUUGGCCCCUGAAAUCCUUCUUGGAACUGCACAUGGUUAUGCAGCAGAUUGGUGGUCCGUGGGAAUCAUCCUAUUUGAAAUUAUAACUGGAGUUCCACCUUUCACUGCAGAAUGCCCAGAGAUAAUCUUUGACAACAUACUUAAUAGGAAAAUUCCAUGGCCUCAUGUACCUAAUGACAUGUCCCAUGAGGCUCAAGCCUUGGUUGACAGAUUUCUUAUACUUGAUCCACAUCAGCGCCUAGGAAUAAAUGGGUCAUCAGAGGUGAAGGCACAUCCUUUUUUCAGGGGAAUGAACUGGGACACACUUGCAUUACAAAAGGCCGCCUUUGUGCCGCAUCCCGACAGCAUAGACGACACAAGCUAUUUUGUGUCAAGAUAUACUCAAUUUUCUAGUGGCAUGCCAGACAGUAACUCUACUGAUUCUGCUUCUGACACAACUGAUUCAUCCUCAAUUUCUGGACUUGAGACGGAUGAAUGUGGCGAUCUGGCAGAUUUCAACUCUUCCCCCCUCGACCUGUCAUUGAUAAAUUUCUCUUUCAAGAAUUUGUCACAGUUGGCAUCCAUUAAUUACGACAUGCUCCUACAAACUGGAAAGGAUCCAUCGAAGUGCUCUUCACCAUCCAAAGAUCAAGUUAUAGUUCAUCGUGUCUAAUAAUGCCAAAGAUGGCAAGUUGUAUUUAUAAUUUUCAGCAGAAAUGAAAAAUAAGCACUGUUCAUAAUGCUUAUCUGCAAUUGCAAUAGCACAGGGGAGGGAGAUGGCCAAAUGAAUAAGUUAUUUUGUUGCUAGUUGCCACCUCAUAAUCCACUUCAAACGAAGCUUGGCUUCCAGAUUUUUCUGGAGCUUUUCGCCUCAAGAGAGGGUAGGGAGCUGGUGUUUUGAAUUGUUGGGAGCUUAUGCCAGUGCAUAAUUAUGUUGGAAAAUUUGGAGAAAUGGUAUCCUGCGUUAUGAAUGCCUAUUUAGCAUGUGUACUUA